AUGGCCACGGAGGUGGCGCGGCGAAGAGACGAUUCGGAGUCGCCCAACGGCAUCCGGGCGCGGGCAAUCAAGGCCAUCGCGGCGCUGAAGGUCGGAACCAGCGACCACGCGGAGACCAUCCGAGAUGACAUUCACGUCGACAGGGCCGCGGUGCUCACGGCGCUCGCGCCCGCCCGCCACGGCUUCUAUAACAUCCCGGAGGAGUGGCAGCUCGAGGUCAUAAAGACGCCGCGGCUCUUCUACAAGGUGGUUUCGGCGGACGACAAGGACCGCGUGGUGUCGGUGUACGACGGGAACACGGAGUACCACCUCGGCAUGAUCACGAGUGCGCGGCGCGGGGCCGGGGCGUGGCCGCCCCUCGACGCGGCACUGUACUGCUGGCCCACGCAGCACCAGGCAACAGCGUCACUAUUUCCGCGAGGGAGCAAGAUGAAGUGGCCGGGGAGCCCACACUUCCUCAUGGCGGCGGAGGUGUGGGGCCGGGCGUACCGGCACGUCGGGUCGGGCGUGUGGGCGGUGGAGUUCCUGCGGCCGACCAAGUUCGUGACCACUGAGAUGGGGGACCAACAGCGGGUCGACAACUGA